AAAACGUGUUCUUUAGCAAGUUUUCUUUUGGUUGAGAUUUGAAACAAGUUUCAGCUGAGAAAAAGUUUUGAGAAAAAAAUUAAUCGAAUCAAAUGACAAACAUGAUGUCAAGAAACUUCACUUCCAUUUCUUUCAUCGAUGUCGAUAUGUCAACUGGAAUCACGCUGGGGGAGGGGGUUCGAUCCCCCGAGGAUUCAUUUCUUUUCAAACGAUUCGGAGCCGUGCUGAGCAGUAUCAUCACUCUCGGAUUGUUCGGAAAUUUGCUCACUAUUGUAAUUCUAUCAAAUGGACGAACUCACAAAUCGCACAAUUCGCUGACGAUGGGUCUGGCAUACUCUGACCUGAUGAUGGUGCUGGGGUCCCAACUACCCUCCUGCAUAUCUGCAUUCAGAUCCAAGUGGUCCUUCUUCGGAAAAUAUGGCUGCACCGUUUCAGCUGCAUUCGGGGCUUUCAGUGGCUUCAGCUCCAUUCUCAUCAUGUGUUUCAUAGCAUAUAACAGAUACGUGAGUGUGUACUAUCCCCUGGACUCUAUGGUGAACAGAUACAGUAAAACUAGAACUGCAAAGAUGCUGGGGGCUUCCUGGGUUAUAGCAGCAGUUCUGGCGGCACUUCCAUUCACUUAUAAUGGAUACACGCCGACAGCCCUGCCAUUCUGUUGUGUACUGGGUUUUGCCAACCUCAACUGGAUUUCUGCUGCAGUUCUGGGCAACAUGUAUGUUUUUGGAUUCCUGGGUCCCCUUUCUUCGAUCUGCUGGCUCUAUGUGAAGAUAUUCCGAAAGAUAACUCAGACUACUAAUGAACUGAGAAGGUCUAAAAACCACAGAAACAAGAGGAAAACCGAAAUUCGUACUGCAAUCACAUCUCUCCUGUGUGUGGUCGUAUUUGUCGUGUGCUGGAUGCCCUAUGCAGUUGUCAUGGUAAUCGGACAUCUGCCAAUCAAAAGACUGUCCACUGACUUCGAGCCAGUGACAAUUGCAAUCGCAGCUGUGUUCGCUAAAGUAUCAGCUGCAUGCAAUCCUUUCAUAUACGGGUCUCUGCAUGUUAAAAAAUGGUCGGACUACAAAAAGUCCCUACGAUCCCAUUCAUCAUCUAUGCUGCGAAGCAGUCAUCAUCGCAGCAGUGGGAGGGGAUUCGCUUCCCGAGACAACGGGAGAAGACGAUCGACCAGGCCGGGGCUGAAUCUUGGCGCAAUGCAUCAUCAAGGAGCGAUGGUGAAGAAUUGAAAAACAGAAGACAUAAUUAUUAUUGAUACAUAGUGCGAGUCAAUUUUAUCAAAAACUUUCAAAAACUUUAAGCUUACGUCAAUAUGACAAAAAAAAAUCUGCGUACGAAAACAAAUCAGGGGCUGUUUUGCGCGAAGUUUUCUGCGCCCCUUUACU